AUGAAAAACGUAGCAAAGGUUAAUGGGACAAGUACAAAUGAAUGGGACCGCAAAAGCAGCAGAGAAGAACUAUCUAAAUGCAUCGAAGGGUUGAAGAGAGAAAGGGAGGAGCUGGUAUAUGAAAUUGAAAAGGAAACUGCGGAUAGAGAGGAAUUAGAAGCACAAUUGGAGGACAUACAGCAGCAACUUGAAGAAAAUUCCUUCAGCCUGUCCAUAAAAAUCCAAACCAAGUCUGAAUUAGACACUACAAUUAUGGAAACUGAAACUGCAUUUGUCAGAUUAACUGAAUCCGCACAACACCUACUCGACGCACUUAAAGCACAACAAAAAAGGUUCAGCGAGUUUAAACAGAAAAGGUGA